AUGACUCAGUUACUUCAGGUUGUGCAGAACAAUAAUCAAGGUCAGCAAAGAGAUCCCUUUGCAAAGAGAAACAAAGACUUUGGUUCUUUGGGAGGUCAAAAAUUCUCUGGAGAUGGACGACCUGUUGCAACUGACGCUUGGGUUCAGAAAUGUGAGAUGGUAUUUGGUCGUAUGCAGCUCAUCGAGUUGACUCAAGAGGGUAGAACAGUGAUCGAGUAUGUCACCAAGUUUAAUGAGUUGUCUCAUUAUGCCCUUUACUUGGUCGACAUACAGGAGAAAAAAAAUGAGAAGUUUAUUAAGAGAUUAAAUCAUUACCUGUCUAAGUGCCUUAUUCCCUUUGAUGCUGAACCUUUUGACAAAGUUCUUGACUUGGCACUGAAGUAUGAGGAAAAUGAAAAGCAAUUUAAAGAAGGGAAGUCCAAGGUCGGAGAGAUUUCUAGAGAGAGUCACUUCCAGCAGCGGGAUGGGAACAGAUACCAACCCUAUGAUCAAAAACAUAAGGGUCAGCAGUUUCAGAGGCCACAGCAGCAGGGUAGUCAGGGAAAUUUCAGACCUCAUGGUAAUUUCAGGCCUCGGGGCAAUUUCCAGCCCCAUGGGCACUAUUAUCAGAGACAGGGUGGUUUGCGCCCAAAAGGUUAUCAAGCACAGCAGCAACAAGUGCCACAGUUGGGUUAUCAUCCUCCCAUACCUCAGUUAAAGGGACCCCCACCUAUCAGAGCAGUAGCACCUCAACCUAUCAAUAGGAAGUGUUUUGGGUGUCAGCAGUUGGGAUAUGUAAUCAAGGAUUGUCCUCAGAGACAACAAGCGCGACAGGGUCAGGCAGCUCCAGCCAGGGCAUUUGCAGUGAUGUCAGGAAAUGACAAAGUGCAAGAUUGUACUGGAAAGACUGUAAAUAUAGAUAUUCCCGGUAUGCCACGGCUUACCCACACUUUUAGCGAUGAAGAAGAGUCGGAGAUAUCUGGACCUCCACCUCGAUGGGUAGUAGAAUUUUGCAUUGACUUAGAGCUAGGAACUGCACCAAUUUCUAAGGUGGCAUACAGAAUGACGUCUAAAGAGCUUGUGGAGAUAAAGAAGCAGUUGGAAGAGAUGCUUCAGAAAGGGUUCAUACGUUUAAGUAACUCCCUGCAGGGAGCACCUGCGAUCUUUGUUUCCAAGAAAGAUGGCACUCUCCAUGAUAUUCUGGUAUAUUCUAAGAAUGAAGAAAAACACAGAGAACACUUGAAAGUCGUGUUACAGACUUUGAGGGAGCAACAAUUAUACGCUAAGUUCAAUAAGUGUCAUUUUUGGGAGAAAGAAGUUCGAUUUUGGGGUCAUGUUGUAUCUAAUCAGGGGAUAUCGGUAGAUCUUGAAAAAGUUGUUGCAAUCAAAGAAUGGAAACAACCCACGAACCUUACAGAUGUGAGAAGUUUUUUAGGACUAUCCGGUUUUUACAGGAGAUUUAUAGAGAAGUUUUCCACUAUUGCAGCACCCAUAACCAAGUUGACACGCAAGAAUGUGAAGUUCAUAUGGACAGAUGAUUGUGAGAGAGCUUUCCAGGAGUUAAAGCAGCGGUUGAAUAUAACACCGGUCUUAACUAUACUAGUAUAA